ACAUCAGCGAAGAUGCUUGUCCUGAGCGGUUGGAUGCAGAGACUUCUCACAUUCAAGAGGAAGAGGAGAACAACGAGGUACCCCACUUGAAAGAGGAAGAAGAGCAGCAGGCCCCUUACAUUCAGAAAGAGGAGGGGCUAGAGUACCCUUGCACGAAAGUGAAGGUGGAUGAGCCUCCCGACGUCAAAGAAGAGGAGGAGGAGAAGGGGAUCUGCAAGUUGCAAUCGACUGGUGUCGCUCUGAAGAUUUGUGGCCAAAGAUUCUCUCAUAGGGGAACCUUCAAAUUACACACAAGAACCCACACUGGCGAGAAACCUUUUGCCUGUUCAGAUUGUGGCCAAAAAUUCUCUCAGAAGGGAAACUUACAAAUGCACAUAAGAACCCACACUGGUGAGAAACCUUUUUCGUGCUCAGUUUGUGGCCAAAGAUUCUCUCAGAAGGGAAACUUACAAACGUAUAUGGUUUGCCACACUUGUGAGAAACCUUUUGCCUGCUUAGUUUGUGGCCAGACAUUCUCUCAGAAGGGAAACUUAAAAAUACACACAAGAUCACACACUGGCGAGAAAACCUUUGCCUGCCUAGUUUGUGACCAAAGAUUCAGAUGGUACACACAAGAACCCACACCGGUGAGAAACCCUUUGCCUGCUGAGUUUGUGGCCAAAGGAAAACGUAAGGAAAACUUAAGAAUUCACACAAGAACCCACACUGGUGAGAAGCCUUUUGGUUGCUCAGUCUGUGGUAAAAGAUUUUCUGAGAAGGGAACCUUAACAAAGCACAUCAGAACACACACUGGUGAGAAACCCUUUGCCUGCUUAGUUUGUGGCCAAAGAUUCUGUCAGAAGGAACAGUUAUCAAAACACACAAGAACCCACACUGGCGAGAAGCCUUUUGCUUGCUCAGUUUGUGAUCAAAGAUUCUCACAAAAGGAAAACUUAAUAAUUCACACCAAAACCCACACUGGUGAAAAACCCUUUGCCUGCUCAGUCUGUGGUAAAAGAUUCUCUCAUCAGAGGAGCUUAAAAAGACACACAAGUACCCACAUGGGUGAGAAACCUUUUGCUUGCUCAGUCUGUGGUAAAAGUUUCUCCGAGAAGGGAACCUUAAAAAUCCACACCAGAACACACACUGGUGAGAAACCCUUUGCCUGCUCAAUUUGUUGCCAAAGCUUUUCAUGGAAAUAUCAGGCUAAAAACCAUGAGUGUUUUGCAUUGCACCAACACACUCAUCAAUCAAGCUUUGGUUUGUCAUCUGAUUAGGCUUCAUCACUUCAAGCUCCAAGGGUGACUGAAUUCUAUGCAGCAUCUUGCAAGGUUCCUUAAAGAAAGAAAUGUUUGUGUUUGUUGUGUUGAAAAUAUUGUGAGUUGUCAGCUUGUUGAGAAUUGUUUUUAUUUUCAUUUUGAGUUUUGGCUAUGAAAUUUAGUUGUACUUCAGUUAGUGUGUUUGAUCAUAUUUAGACACUAUUAUUUUUAAGAAAAUGCAUUUUAGUUAAUUU